AAGGUCAAAUCAAUGGAUCAUUUGGCGAUGGCCAAUGGUCUUCAUCAACCAAAGACGUCUAACUGGAGGCAGCAGCAAGUCCGUGACCAGCUUGGACAUACCUCUUCUGACGAUAGCAGACCCACGUCUCCGCCAUUCAGACUUCCGAUGACUACACCAGUACGCAUCGCGCCCCUUCGGCUUCGCUUCGUUAUCGUCGGUGGCUCUCUCGGAGGACUGUCCGUUGCCUUUGCACUAGCGCGCUCUGGCCAUAACGUUCAUGUCGUCGAACAACGUGAGCGCCUCGUUGAGGACGCAUGUGGAGUACGUAUUCCCCCAAACCUCGCCCGUAUCCUUGAUCGCUGGGGCUUGGGAAAAGACUUCAAAGAGAAAGCAAUCCUUUGCAAACAACUGACAUUUAGAAAGCUUCGUACUGGGGAAAAACUUGGUCAUUUGGAAUAUAAGGAAGAAGUCAUGAAAGUCCUGGAGGCCGAUUUUUGGCUCAUGCAUUAUUCCGACCUCUUGGCACAGAUGUACUCACUUGCGAUCUCUGCAGGAGCCAUCGUACAGUUUGGCACAUCGGUUACGAAAGUCAACCCCUCCAAGCCGUCAGUAACACUUUCAACAGGCGAAAAACUAUUCCCGGACCUCGUUAUUGGAGCUGACGGGUAUCAUUCAAUUUGCCAACAAGCAAUAGAAGCUGCUAUUAUUGCUGAAGGCGAUGAUCCCACCACGAGGGUCGAUAGUGGGACGGUGGUAUACAGCAUGAACGCGGACGUGUCAGACGUGACCCUGGACAGCGACCCAGAGCUCUACGACAUCAUACACAAGCCCGUCUGGACGGCUUACGCAGGCCCGAACGUAUCCGUGUUAACUUCUCCUUCGAGAGAUUACACGCAGUUUAGCGUCCAAAUAUUUAAUCCCGAUGUCCCAGGUACGAUAGAUACAUGGGAAAAAAUAGUUUCGAUCGACAAAAUUAACACCGAGGGUUUCCCUAGAGCACUGCUAGAACUCACUCGACGCGCUGAGCAUGCCGUUGAGACAAAGUUCGUAAAGAGGAAGAUUAACGAAUGGGUUCAUCCCAAAUCAAAGCUGGUGUUACUUGGCGAAUCUGCCCAUCCCCAAAUUCCAUCAUCGACACAUUCUGGAUCGUUGGCUGUCGAAGAUGCCGCAGUCUUUGGCGCACUUUUCUCUCGCUUACGCUCAAGAGAACAAAUUCGCAACUUCCUCGUGGCAUACGAAGACCUGCGCAAGGAACGUUGUUGGGAUAUUCAACAGUCCGAGAGCGCGAACAGUGCCUCCGUGAUGCUUCCAGAUGGACCUGCACAAGAAGAGCGAGAUCGCUCGAUGCGCGAAGCUGCUAAACUUGGUUCAGGUGGCUGGGACGAGUCAACGUUCCGCCACUUGUGGGAGAACAUCCGUAUCCUCUUUGCAUAUGAUCCGGAGGAAGAUGCAGAAGAGUGGUGGCAGCGGUGGGGCCUCUUGCGUGAGCAGUCUAAGAGCGGCUUCGGACGCGGACGGCUGGUCAUGGAUACGUGUGGUGAGAGGCGGUAUGAAAGUCACAACGAUAAUGAUUCGGAUUCUGAUGGUUCGGUGACGAACCCAUACUCAAUGACACGGGCAGUGACGGUUGUCGUUGAAUCGCUCGAUUCAGAUGACUGAUAUGGCCGUCUGCUCUAUUCCUCUCAUCUCCUGAGCAAGCUUGCGAUCUGGAAAUUCUCGACUUAUCGGACGUAUUUGUGAAACAAGCAAUGGGGAAAUCACAGCCACUCUUGUCUGGACCUCGGUCGACACACUCUUUCCGUUGCACAUUGGGACGAUUGUACUUCUACACCAACGUUUGUCUUCCAUCCCUCGAUUAAAUUAGCCCGCCUAUUCCGUUCAUUUUCUUUCAAUCUUCAUCAUGCUACUAUCCGACUCAAUCUCAUGUGCUUACGUAUACCAUAUCGAUACAUGCUUACCCAGACGACAUUGUCCUUUCACUGACACUGCAUUGUACUUUACUUCUGAUCAUCCCACCCUUCUUUCAUUGGUCUCAUAAAGCAUUUCAUACUCGGGCUUCUAUUAUGUUGACGACCAUCUCCUUAGACUUCCUUGGCCAGUUCCCGCUGCCUGCAAUGAUUA